AUGUUGGGGAUUCAUGAUUACACACGUUUUGUGGCAUUUGUGGCAAUAACUGUCAUAUUAGCUUUGAGAGAUAUCAGUGUGUGGAUGCUUGCUGACAGUAUUUUAACAGCUUUGACUGGAAUCUUCAUGCUUUUUCUACCGUCUUUUAUCUUUGACUUGGAGACUGAUGGUGUGAAACUAGAUGGAUUGCAUAUCUAUUUUAUAAGAUUAACUGGUUGUGGUAUGAUUGCCAUGGCAACCGUUUUAUUUAUCUUUAGAAAUUCUACAGAUAGAAAUGCUGUCAGAACUUUACUUUGGUCCAGGACAAUAGCAUUUGGUCUAGCUACAGUUCGUAUUAUAUUUGACAGGAUGAUGCAUAGCUCAAAUUAUACUGAUUUUCAUAUGUUGUACUCAAUGGCAGCAAGUGCUGUAUGGUUUGCAGGACAGAGCUAUCAGUUAUAUCAGAAUGGUAUGGAAGCACCUAGUAAUCCCAGCACUAAUAGUGUAAAGAAAUAUUACCUAAUGGAUACCAUAUUAAAUGCUUUGGGUGCUGUACCUGAUGUCUUUGUACCAUGGCUCAUUCUUCCAGCAGGAAAAGAUAUAGCCCAUCAACAUUAUUUUGCAUUAAUGGGGAGUUUUAAUGUUGGUUUUUGUGUUUUAACUUGGUGUGCAUCAUCCUUUAGAUUUGAUGAGGACAAACGCACAGUUUUCUGCGCAAGAUUAACUGCUGUUACAAUGGGUCUAUUCUGUUUCCUGUAUGGUACUACAAGAGAGGGACUAUGUCCAGUUUGGUCUGAAUAUAUAUUGGCUCUGUUUGGAUAUCCUAUAUUCCUAAUAAUCAACUUUGCUGGAAUAUAUGCCAUACGCCAACACAGAAGUUCACUACAAGCAAACUAUGAUUUACGUCCCAGGAACUAGUUCAAGAUUAUUUCAGGUUUUUACUCCAUAUAUAAUAGCUAUGUUGGUGGUACAGUUUUAGAAAACCAAUGCCUUUCUACAAUGUAAUGUCUUUUUUAAUCAGUGAUUACAAAUUCUUAAAACAUGUAUAACAGUAAAUAGAAUUACUUGUAGCAUCUCAAUACAUUCUGCAUAAUAUAAUGAUUAUUCCAAUGUGAAUUUUUUUAUGUAAAUAGGAGCUAAUAAUAAGAAAAAGUAAUUACAAUAAUAUUAGAGUUAAGUAUGACACAUGCUUUGACAUGUUAUCAAUGUUAACAAUUACUCACUAAUCCAAUGGAAAAAUCUAUGUCAAUUAUUUGAAUGAUUGAAUAUUAUUCCAUUAACAUUUACUGAUAGAGCUUAAUUUCAGCAAUCUGCAGUAUUUUUUCAGUAUGAUAAUUUGACAUCUGAUUCUACUGCCUGAUGAUGAAACUCUUAUCAGCUGGUAAAGCCAAUAUAUAGAGAACUGCAUUCUUUAACAGGUUUCAUACUUAAUGCAAA